AGCGGAACAAGUUGGAAAAAGGGCAGUGGGGCAAGAUGUUGGUGAUGGAGAAUGUAGUUCUGGAAGAGUAAAAAUCGCCAUCACAAAUGCGGGGUCGCAGGAGGCGGAUGCGGGAGAAGUGAAACCACCUGCCGCGGAGCAGCUGCAGCUUUGCGUGCUCGAAACUUCCUCUUCAGAUCGCAAUGCCAGCGAAGAAGAGGUGGUCAACAACAUGGACGGUGAAAACAAGAUUGCUGUGACUGUUACUAGUGCAGAAGUCGAGGCCGCGUUUCAGAACGAGCGACCGCCUGGGUCGGUGUUGUGUUGCCCCCGAGACAGCUUACCACUUCUUUAUCGCAUUGAUUUGAGUAUGCGUGUGCGAGUAAUAUGUCGCACAACGCGGACCCAUAGCGAUUUGCAUUCUGUAUCUUAUAGUUUUGCACAUUUGGCGGAGGCUGCAACAUGGACCAGCGCAACGAUUGAAGUGCCUGGCAGGCAUUGUUAAGAAUGGCGAAAGUUCUGUUGGUUGCUGCUACUUUUUUUUUCCCAUCAAAACGAGCACAUUUCCUGUGUCAUGAUGAGAGAAGGAUCGCUAGCUGUGCAGGUAGAAUAAUUUAAACCGCGCCGCAUACCGCAGCUGUGCUUGCUCAUAAAGCCCGUGGCUUAGGGCCAGGUAACAUGGAAUGGUACCAGAGGGAUCUGGUCGCACAAGACGAGCGCGACGGGGCGAUCGCGUUGCUGUUGGGGUGCUUAGAGCACCGGGGGCGUGACAGUGUGUUAUUUUCCUGGCCGCGUGACCUCGAGGCAGAAGCACUGGCCCUGUUGACCGACAUGGCCACGCGCGUGCUCCAGUGGCAGACUCAGACCAGCUCGAGCAAGGAGCCCCGCGAGCGGGUUAAGCAGUGCUACCAGCUGUGCACAAAGUUGCGGCAAUUCCUCUCCGAGAAGCAGCGAUAUGAACACCAAGAGCAGAUCUUGGCGUCCUUUUCCCCCGAUGGUGAUGAAACUAAGACGACAAGCGAACACGGACCAGGUGCGGACGGGGAGAACGGGAAAGAAAAGCUGAGGGACCUCCGGAGCACGCUGGAUAGCAAGCAGCAUGCCCCCACGGUCUGUGUGAAUGAUCCACAAGAUGCUGACGACGAAGAGGCAGAAGGGAGCAGCGAAAACGAAAGCGAAGCUGCCUCACCGACGAACCAACUUCUGCUGGCCGCCACGGGGAUGAAUCUUUGUCAGGGCCGUGGUACGUCCCAGUGUCGCUGGGAUCCGGAGGUGAUACGAAAGGGCCGCUUCAUGCGGGUCCAAGUCGAGCUUUGUGGUCGGUUGGAGCCUAUCUACGACCAGAUUUGGAAGCUGUUCAGACUCAAGGGCUACAUGGAGGGCACGCCGUUCCGAGUCAUAUGCUCCAAAAAUACUUUAGAUUUCUCGCAGAAGUUCGCGCACGACAAAAUUCAGAUUUCUUGUAGCGCGCACGUUGUCCUGAAAGAAAAUUCUAAACCUUGAGCUUGAUUAUACAAGACACGACGCGCCGCGAGCGAAAUUAUAGAAAAGCAAAUAGACUGCCGUGCUGUCGUGCUGCAAUUUAUCUUCAUUGAUCGCUGCAAGAAGUUUUUUCGCGCGAUGCUUGAAGGACAAAAACUGGGAGCCUGCGACCAAGUGUCUGGACGACAUGAUUUCACUGCUAGAAGAGUUUGAAAAAUUCAUCAUCGAUACAUUCUGUGAUGACAAAGCCUCGGAAGCUGGCACCAGCGAAAACGCGGCGCCGGCGACUUCUUCUCCCUUCUCGAGUGCCAACUCUCUUCGGUUUUUUACGCGAGCACACCAGAGCGAUUUUGUGGUAGCGCGUGUGCUCUUCGAUAAGCUCUUGCGGGAUGCCUGCGGACUUCACGUCAGCCUCGCUAUGUACGUGGACGCCAUUCCUCUCUACCGGCGGGUAAACGAAGAGCUCUACUCAUCUAACGCUCCAUCGGGAAGUGAAACGGCUGAUCUUGACGGCUUCGAAGCACGAAAACUCGCCAGGAGGCUCAACGCGACGCACGAGAUGGAGCGCAUGGUAGCGAAGUGCCAGUACCUGUGCGAAUCGGGCCUGCGUCUGAACGAACUCUUUUACAAAUUUGAUUUCAAUUGGAUUGUGCGGCACGGUCCCUCCUUCAGCAACUGGCUUGGCAAUCCAAAGUUUGGAGAGACGAGGAUGAUACUGCUUCUUCUCCGCUACUCACGUUUUCCUAUCAAGUUGAAAAUGGGAGAUCUGCCUCCAAGACGGACUCGAGCGGGUUUGUACUGGGUUUGUAAAUAAGGAAACAAAGGUGUACUUUGUUACAGGUGACAGACAACAACAUCUAAGUACGCCUUUAGAUACAAGUCUGCUUGUAGACAGCAACAGAUGAUUGUGAUGCAUCUAAAUGUUUACUAAAGGUAAAGAAACAGGACGAGAACGCUUUUUGUGUGAUGCAAUGAGGAAGCCGAGGCCUAGAAGGUUGAGUACCACGACGUUUUCAGCUUGAUACCCGCCCUCACGUUUGUGUUUGUUCCAGUUGUCACCCGAGAAUAUACCUGCGGAGCCGAUUUUCCCGGCUGGGGGCUGGUGUACCUUCUCGCGGAGGCACUGACCGUCCUCUCCGUGCGACUGCUGGUCGAAGAGAAAUUCCCCUUGCUCGAAGAGCCCUGGAGGCUGAGUACAGAAGGCUGGCUUUCGGAAAAGUGGAUGCGGACGGCGGGCGAUCACGUUGAAGGUUUUCCACCGCGAAAUUCUGUACCGGAGCCCUUGGUGGAGAAUGCGCACCGCAGAUACCCGACCACGCUCUACUUCUUCACGAAACAGUAUUUCAGCAUCAUUCCUUUCCUCGCCACCUUUUUACCUGUGACGGACGCCGUGCGGUGCUCGAUGUCCUCCGCAGGGGAUCAUGUUGAUGAACCAGCUGACGCAAUAAAAGCGGCUGGUAGUGGAGUAACUACAGCUCUUGCGUCUUCUUUUCCCGACAGUGAAAGUUCGGCUCCGGUGCGGGAAGUACAAGUUGUAUCAUCGGCGUCCGAGACAACUACGUCGACGACCAUAUUAGAUCCCAUGGAAGUAGAACGCGACGAGCAUGAUAGUGGUUCCUCUACAAGCAGGGGAGCAACCGCAUCUUCAGCAGCUCUCUUCACGACCACGCAAUUGGUCGUGACAAAGACAACUACUGCAGCUAGCAGCAGCGAGCGCAAGGUCGGAUUUCCGUCCGGGAGCAGUCUGGCCGACCUGCGCCGCGCCAUCGAGCUGGCCCCCGAGGUGUACGGCGCGAUGAGCGAUUACCUGUUCAGCCGCACUAAUCAGGGAGGAGGGACCGGUACAACGGGAACAGAUCGAGUGGCGAAAAUUCACCUCGGAGCGGGACGGCGUGUUCCCAUGCCCGAAGCUUUUUGCCGCAAACUCUUCGUCCUGGCGGAACACGUUCGCUUCCAGUUGGAGACCCACAUGCGCGGUCCACCGGGAGAACAAGGGCGACGCGCGGGUCCGCCGUCCGUUCUCGCUGUGCGAGACGCUGCUGCACACAUCUGGCCGAGACUGAGACCGUACCUGGCGCAGCAGGACCACAGGGACGCCAGUAAACAAGGGAAUAAAUCAACGUCCUCCAAGGCGAACAAACACCGGGCGAAAAGGCAGGGCAAGUGGGUGGGAAAGACGAUGAGCUUCGUCGAACUGGUGGGUACCAGCACGGAAGUGCGGCAGCUGCUCGAGAGGAAGAGAGAACUGGCAAGCGGUCUCUCACAGGUCUUGUUGGAUUUCGCCAAGCGCCUGGGCCGCUGCACGCUCGAUCCCGGUGAGCGUGACGACGAUCUGGAACGGAAAUUCAUGCGGGAAGAAUUUCUCGAGGAGGUGGAAGUCGUCGGGAAAGAGGUCGUGGCACCGACGUCCUUACGGAGUCGGGUCGACGGUCCUGCGGUGGAGAAUAAGGAUGCAGCUGACGACCUUUAUAAUGCCGAGUACGCACGCUUCAAUGCGGAGGACAGCUUGGACGAGACGGAUUUUGAGUCCUUCCUCCUGAAACCCAUGACGGAGAAGAACGCGCAUCUGAAGCUGAUGGCCAUUUGCCGGGCCUGCCGCGAGCUGCGCGAGACGGCGCGGCGGCUGGAUCGCAUCCUGGCGCCGACGGUUUGCACCGGCGUCGAGAGUUUCGCGUCGGAAAACCGAAAGUCGGGGACGGAGGAGGCGAUUGCAACCGGGUUGCAGCAGAUCCGCGAGGUCCUGCUAUCCUCCCGUGUAGUUGGCGGGGGCGUCGAGGACUCAAAUGCAGCGAGUGCUGAUGAACAAUGGUGUUUGCUACGCGAUGAGGAAAUUUACAAGCCACCGAGCCGGGUGGACGAAGAAAAACUGUUGCCGACCUUGAUGGUCGUGCAGGAUAUAAAAACAGAUGAAGUGCUCAGAAUCUUUGAGGUUUGAGCUCAGUUUGGAAUCAACAUCAGAUUUCCGUGUUUUCAACAAAAUCAUCAUGUCGUGAGCUUUUGAUGCUUGCGUUCUUGUUUCAUAUCAUACAUGAUAGGUGGUUCUCGG